GGAUAUCAAUUGCAAGCUACCACCCGUAAUGACGACAGGCCUAUUAAAACCACCAUAUCACGCAUGUUACGUAUGGGGUGAUGAAUCGGCCGUGAUUGAUUGUAAUUAAUUUCCUGCCUGGCCGAAGAAGUCGAAAUCACUGUCCGAAACUCAGAUAAAAUGGCGACCCAAACAUCAACCAAGAGGCCCGACAACGUAGUCUGUAGCGUUGCCUUCCUCCGGCGACACCCUGACUUGACCCCGGAGCAGUUCUACCACCACUGGGAGCAUGUGCACGGCCCACUGGUCAAGCCCUGGGCACGGAAAUACGGCAUCGUGUCGUAUACUCAGGUCCACGCCACCGCGGCCCUGAACCGCAACGCCCAGCCCCUGGGCCCGGAGUCGGCGGACGCCAAGGCCGUGCUGGCCGACUACGAUGGCUGUGCAGUCAUCGAGGCCCCGGACUUCGACGUCUUGACCAGGGCGUUCAAAGACGAGUACUACCUGAGCGUGAUCGAGCCGGACGAGAGGAAAUUCAUCGACAAGAAAGUUGGUGUGCUCAGGGCGAGGGGCGAGUCUAAGAAGAUCAUCUGAACUGGGAUCGAGGGGGGAUGGGUUGAUGGAAGUCGGCAAGCUGGUGAGAAAUGGAGGAAUGUUGACUCUUGAAGGUUUAUAGGUCUACUCAAACAUCUAUUCAUAGCAUGUCGGUUCUAUGACCUUUCCCUUCCA